AUGAAAUAUGCUUUCCUUAAGGCUUAAAAAUCAGAAUUCUUGCAGCACAAUUAACAGAGAUCUACCCUUUUCACAAUAAACAUUAGGCAACUGCUGUAUUUGGUUGGGAAACACUGUCCUCCUUGGACAGAGAAUGUCUAUUUUUCUAGGAGAACAGUUCCUAGUCUGGUUUUGUCAAGAAAUCUGAGAAUGGCAGCUACUCUUGAAGCCACCUGGAGCUGCAGGGGGUUUAGCUGACCCAGCAAAUGGCCUCACUUCUGUCCAUCAUGCCUUCAUUUACAGCCAAGCAGCUGGAGAAGCUUGCCAAGAAGGCAGAAAAGGACUCCAAAACGGAACAAGCCAAAGUCAAGAAGGCCCUUCAGCAGAAGAAUGUGGAAUGUGCUCGUGUCUACGCAGAGAAUGCCAUCCGAAAGAAAAAUGAAGGCUUGAACUGGCUCCGCAUGGCUUCCCGUGUAGAUGCGGUGGCCUCCAAGGUCCAGACAGCUGUGACCAUGAAGGGGGUAACCAAGAAUAUGGCCCAGGUGACCAAGGCCUUGGACAAAGCUCUCAGCUCCAUGGACCUUCAGAAGGUUUCUGCUGUGAUGGACAAGUUUGAGCAGCAGGUCCAGAACUUGGAUGUCCACACUUCAGUGAUGGAGGACUCCAUGAGCUCAGCCAUGACCUUAACCACGCCCCAGGAGCAAGUGGACAGUCUGAUAGUGCAGAUUGCCGAGGAGAAUGGCCUGGAGAUUAUGGACCAGCUGAACCAGCUGCCCGAAGGGGCCUCGGCCAUGGGCGAGAGCUCUGUGCGUUCGCAGGAGGAUCAGCUGUCGCGGAGAUUGGCUGCCUUACGGAAUUGAUUCUCCCACACCCUCGCAGACUGUUGCUCCUGCCUUGUUCUCCUCAGAUUUGGGGGGGGGGUCCUGCCUUGGGUCCUGGCCUUCCAGCCCUCCUACCAACCUCUCCAAGGGCCAGAAAGAAGAUUGGCCUCUCCACUCCUCCAGGCCUGCUGUGUCCAGUGGUGGACCUGCUCCUCAUCCAGCAACGAUAGCUACUUUCUAAAGAAGCAGCGGUGACAGCAAGGGUCUGUGUGAGUGUGCCUGGUCCUUGGUGAAGGGCUCUCCUGGAAGGGAUGCCCUUUCUCCCCCACAGCUUCUCCUUCCAGCCUACACUUCCCAUCCUCCUCCUCCUCGGUCUGAUGCGAGGAACACGAGCGUGCAACGCUUGCCCAUGGUGGAAGCACGGCCCUUGCAGGAGUUAGGUCAUAUGUUCCUAAGAGGGUCAGGAACCUCACUGGUGCUAUGUGCGUGGAUUCUGAUGUGCUGGUGGUUCCUCCUGAUAUCAGUUCCUGCCCCGUUCCCUUUUCAUGGCUUAUGUGUGCGGGAAGAACAGGCUGCUUGGAAGUAGAGGAGAUGCUGCCUGGAAGAUGGAGAUGUCCCUUUUUCUGGCAGCUGUGGAACCUGCCUUGAAUUUGCACACCAUGAAGUGACCUUUGAAAGCAGAGACCUGCAACCCCUUGGCCUCUAUGCAUGCACCACACCACACCUUCCCCUCCCAAAAGCUUGUCGUGUGGGGGUGAGGGAGACGGUUUGCCUGCGUCUGGAGCCCCCCUUUCCCCAAGAACAUCUCAGCUGCAGGAGAGGAUCCUCCUGCAGAGAGAAGGGCCUUCCCCUAACUGGUGUUUCAGCUGCCCCCAUUACUACUGCUAACAAGCAUCAGGGCCUCCUCACAUUGGGCAGAAAGGGGGGAGGGUAUAAAUGAGAGCCAAGGCUGCCUCCCCUCCUCCUUGAGGGUUCCAUCUUAUUUAAAGAAGAGAGAAGCUUGUGAUGGGAAGUAUUCCCCCUCUGCUGCUGGCAUUUAAAAGCGUAUUUCUCUCUUCACUCCUCAGUUGCUUGAGGCGGCCCUGCUCUCUGAGCUCCGGGCUGGGGAGGAAGAGAGACGAUAACCAUCCUUGCUGGAACAUUUUUUUUAAAGAUUUCCAACACUUGGAAAAAUUGUCUUUGCCUUUUUUCUUUUUUGUAAAUGAAAAGUGAAUGUUGUCAGUUGUUCAAUGCUGGCUUAAAUAAACAAACAAACUCUCUCUCUCUCUCUGGAAAGCAGGUGCUGCAUGGGGGUUUGCAAAGCUGGUUCACCGAGUGUGUCGGCCGGCACCCUGAGAGGGAGCUGCUACUCACUGAAGCAGUCUCGUUGUUUGAGAUGCACAGAAGGAACGAAGGCUGGCUCUAUGCUUUGGGGGCAGAAGGGGAGAGGAACUUCUGCAGGAAAUGGCUUCGCCGCUAGAGGGCUUCUUUUCCCUCGAAGGGGGUACUGUUUCCCGUGGAAGGUGGCGCUAGGUCCAUCUUCACAUGCAUGGCUUACUGGAGAAGGGUAGGGGUUCCUUGGACCACUGUCCCAAUGGGUGUGGUACACAAGCCUACUUAGAUAGCCAGUUACGUAGCAGGCAAUCCUUGUCAGCCACAUAGGUAGACCAGAUCAGGACAUCAGGAAGAACUAGAAUUAUUUUUUAUUGACAUUAGCGAUAAUCAGAGAAUUUUGCAAGUUUGAUUGUUCUGUACUUCCUGUCCUAAUACCCCCGUGAAUCAGGGAGGUGUCUGCCUGAGCCACUUCCAGAUGUUACUUCCUUUCUCAGGGCUUAAAAAACGUUUCAGCCCUCCUUGCCUGGGUAAUGGACCACAACUGGGACCAGCAACUCAGUCGCUAAGUGAAAUGGUGGCUAAGUAGGAAAUCACAAGGCCCUGACUGCACAUUUCCCCAGGCCCUGCCCGUUGGAACGCCGGCCCCUGCAGUGCUGGGACAGCUGCUCA